CCAGUCUGAUAUCUGUGUCAAGAUGGCGGCUGCUGGACUUUUGUCGAGGUUUCUGCAGGUUUCUCGCCUUAGAGUACCUCUUCAAAGGGCGAAUUUGAUUCUACAACAACCAACAAAAAAUGCUUUAGUGCCUAUGAUAGGGCGUGGUAUGUCUGGUGGCGCAGCUCGGCGAUUUGAAGUGCGUCCCUCUAAGUAUGUGGAAAAAAGACUGUGGCGUAUGGUUGGGUUUUACACAAUGUUGACUGCACUUCCAGCUGCUGUUGUAAUAACAUAUAUAAACGUUUUUAUUGGGGAAGCCAAAUUAACUGAAAUACCAGAAGGUUAUGAGCCAGAACAUUGGGAAUACCAUCAACAUCCAAUCACUCGAUGGUUAGCUAGAUACGUGGUUGGUGCACCUCAAAAGGAGUAUGAAAAAUUCAUUGAUUACCUUGAAAUAGAAAAUGAAAAGAAACAACUUAGAUCACAAGAGAAGCAAGUACGUCGUAUGAUGAGGCAACAUGGGGACGGUCAUUGGUACUACUACCCAACCCCAUCACCUGAUGUCUACGAUGAUAAAUCAUAGUCACCUUUGUAAAUCAUUAUAAGUUUGUUUUAAAAAUCAAUUGUUUUAUUUAGUAGCCUUGAGUUUAUGAAGAUUUUGUUCACUGUCUAUCCUUGCGGAUCUCCAGUUUUAGUACAAAAUUUGUAUAGAUCUGCUAGUCACCAGAAUGUAAUGCAUUAAAACCACCCUUUUAAGUAUCUACAGCUUUGAACUGUUAACAAACCGUCUCUGAAAUUGCUCUUUACUGUUAGUUACCUGUAGCUGUAAAUUAAGUGAUUUUUUUGUUAGUUUUGACUGCUUACUAAUGACCAAAUAAAUUUUCUGCAGUGUUUCAUGGCAAGGCAGAUAUCGAUCAUUUCCUGACAUUUCUCAGCUUGCAUGUUAUAUAUCCACACACGUUUGAAAAAAAAAUUCUUUCUUUUAGUACGUGUGUCAAAUCAACAUAUACCGUAUUUGCUGUAUUAGAACCACAUCUUCAAUAGUGCAUGUGCAUAUAAACCAAAAAUCGCAUUGGCUGUGUAUAAAAUCAUCAAAAUAUUACCUCUUCUGACAAAAGAAAAUACUGUGUAAUUUAUGCAAGUGCAUAUGCUGCUACUACAGUAUAAUAGAGCAAAUACAGUAAUAUGUUAAAUAUGGCACCAAUAAUAAGGUAAUUGAACAAUUAAAGAUUUGUUGUAUAAUAUUUUGGUCUGAGUAGUUCAUCAAAUCUA